AUGGCUAAUCAGAACGAAGAUGACAAUGAUUUCCCUUUUGACGACGAUGUUGACGAUGUCGACGAUGAUUACCAUGACGAGGACGAACAUCUAGUGGUCAGCAAGGACAGUUACAGUGGGCCUUCUGCAAGGCUAUCACCUCGCGUAUUGCAGCCCACUCCACUGCCACCUCGGCAUGGGCAGUUACAUGUGAGCUUCAGUCAUUAUCGGGAGUUGCAAGCUUGCUCCAGUUCUGCCUCCACAAGGACCUCAUCCGACACUACGCAGCAUAGACGUGUGCAUAGCGCUCGUCCCAACUCCCCCUUCGCUCAACGCAUGCUCUACCAAGCACCUGCUUCACCCUCCCGCUCGCGUGUGCCUCCUUCAUCCUCUUGCGACCUCGCCAAUGUUUCACCCUUUCCCGCACCAGAUACAGCUCUCCCUGCAGCAAAUUCUUUUGAACAGCGUCGACGUGACGUACGAGACAGUCAUAGCGCACCAGACCGAUGCACCAUACCCAAGCCUGAACAAUGCGACGACGCACCUCCGUCGCAAAGACUGUUAGCGAAGGUCCCAAGACCGAAGUCCUCGCGCAAGAGCAGCACUCUGGGCCAUUUCUACAACUCGUACCUAGAUACGGAGUUUCAAUGCCAGGUUGUGAAUGACUCUGGUGAUAUCUGUGAACAACGAUGCAAGUCAGGGGGCGGCAAAGCACGAACAAACCACAUCACCAACCAGCAUUCCGCGUUGGAUGACGCCUUCCACGAAUUCCGCACCUAUCAAUGUAUGGCCCAGGGCAUUGAACUACCACAGGAGCAGGAAGACGACGAGAUACCCUUUACACCAAAGAACUCGAGAUUCGAAACAGCUUGGGACGAAUUGUUCUUAAGAACAUGA